GUACGGAGAAAAUUUGAAAGCGAUUGAACCAUGCACGGUGAGAGAAAAGUGAUACAAAGCCGUUCCCGAAACGCAAAAAUGCCUGACCGAACUGACACAAAUAGUGCGAAAAACUUUCACGAAAAAAUUGGUAUACCAUAUCUGAAGAUAUCCGGGUCCGGCAAGCACCUGGCCAAUUCAAAUUAACGCAAAAAUCAGUCCAAUGUAAUAAAGAACAAUAAUUGCUGCUGAAUUUAAUCAGCAGUGGAAGGAAACGACAUCACUAACACUGUUCUGACCCGAAUCUUAUCUCACUUAUUAGCAAAAACAAGAAAGGCCUUCUAUUGAGCCAUUGAUAGUACCCCUUGGCCAGCAGUGAACGCAAGAGGCUCUUGUUGCGAAUAUGUCGAUGUUUCAGUAUCAGCCAAACAUUUUCAACAAAGACGAGUUUUGUGAUAUCGAGUUAGAGAAGCUGUUAGGGUACGGUUUGCCUGAGGUCCGCUCUUUGACCGAUGUGAUUCGGGAGCUGAAUUCGAUUUUUUCAAGUGAUAAUGUGAACAUUGACUUGGUGAAAUAUGUGAUGGAAACCUACAAGUCCAACCCCAGCGACUGGAAGAAGUUUGCCAAAUUCGACCGAUAUAGCUACACUCGAAAUCUAGUAGACGAUGGCAAUGGAAAAUACAAUCUAAUGUUACUUUGUUGGGGUGAAGGGCACGCAUCAGGAAUCCACGAUCACGCCAAUUCGCACUGUUUCAUGAAAAUGCUUCAGGGAUCUCUGGAAGAAGUAAAAUACGCUUGGCCCGACGAAAAAUCCGAAUUGAAGGAAAUUGGCAGAACCAGACUAGACUUGAACGAUCUGGCUUAUAUCAAUGACUCCCUGGGGUUGCACAGGGUAGCAAAUGUGUCCAGCUACGACACAGCAAUCAGUCUGCAUCUGUACUGUCCCCCGUACGAUCAGUGCAGCGUUUUUGAUCGAAAAAAUGGGACCCGAACUACCACCUCAGUGACCUUUUAUUCGAUGUUUGGAAAGAGGAACAAGGGGCAGGACAUCAAAGAAGAGAACUUGUAAAUAUCAGCAGGUUAAAAAACCCCCAGCUAUAUAAAACAGUUUAAUUUAUUAACUUUAUAGAUAUAGUAUCUGAUUAAAUAACGAACCCUACUAGUUCGA